UCUGCGUCCAGUUGUAGAUUGCGAUCUAAGGGCGCUUAAGGUAACUCGACACUCCGUUGCUGAAUGGAAUCGAGGAGACUGUCUUGCUAACACGUCCCAAGGUUGCUGAUACCUUAAUCAAUAGGAUAUAUCCGAUAAAUUUUGUAAUAGGAUUUUAUAAUUUUGUCAUGCUCGGAAUUGGAGGAGUUGAAGUGUUCGUGACAAUUUUAGAAUUUUGAAGAUAUACUGGAGAGUUAUGAAAUGAUAUAAUAAUAAAAUGGGAAGUUGUACAAUAGUUAGAGCGAUCGUUGUCCGACUUCUGUUCGCCUGCCAUGGCUUAGUUUCAAUAUGGCUGCUGAAUAAGGUGACACAGGAGUCUCGUUUCUGGUACCUAGCGACCUCGUUUGGAUUUCUGUUGGUCGAAACAACAAUCACACUGGUCAGAAAGCAAGGGAAAGAAUGGAAAUGGUUCUGUCCCAGCGUUCUGAUUUAUCUGACUAUGACGGUCCCAGCUAUAUGGUUUUUGGAGCUACAUGAAUUAGAAAAGCGGAUCGAACACCAAAUUUCCUCUCUCUUAAAUAUAAGCAACACUAGUUUACAUAUUGUUGAAAUCCAUAAUGAAACAUACGACCUGUCUGCACAUCUUGGCAGCGUCUUAGGGGUCAAAUUUGAGAUCCGGCUACCAAUCAACCUUAGUCCAGACGAGUGGAUCCGCACCUUAGAACAACUUUUGUUGUUGCUGCUGAUCUUGGGUCGAUGGAUGUUGCCCAAGGGCAAACUAACACAUGACCAGUUGUCACAGUUGCUGUUGGUGUAUAUAGGAACGGCUGCGGACAUUGUAGAAUUCUUCGAGGCUUUUAAAGAAAAAGAGGUACGCUUUAACAAACUGCUAUGCAUAUCUAUUCUCGGACUCUGGAGCCUAAGUUUGAUCCAGUUCACCCUCGUUCUGACAGCAGCACGUGCACGGCGUGACCAAUCCGGUCUUGUUUCCCGCCACUAUAACGUCAAGCAGCGGAAAUACGGAUGCUGCGCGGCAGACGUGUAUGGGAUUCUCAUAUCAAUUAUCCUCCAAGAUUUACCGUUCCUGGUUCUUCGAUUACUGUUGAUCUUCAAAUUCAACGUCCUAAGUUACACCAAUAUGUUUUUCACCUCCAAGAACACAUUAGUGAUUUUGCUAUUAGUUUAUCGGCUGGUGGUUGUAUUCAUUGAACGUCGAUCCGAAGGAAUACAACAGAAAUAUAACAACCUGAAAUCAAAAUCGGACCAUUCCCGCCCUGUAAUGUCCUCGAAGUAUAACGGUCCUGGAAUUCCCCGCUCGAAACCGUGCAAUGGAAACGUAACAACGGGUGAAAAAGCUAGCCUGGUACAAAUGGAUGUUUGCCUUGAUGUGCAGCCUUCCGUGUAUAAACUCAGUCAGGAAAAGAAUAAUUAUGGUCGAAAUUACAAUGGAAGCAAAAAGCCAGAAAGUCGUUUCUGAGAUUUAAUCUCUGAAGCACUUCAAGCCAUGAUAAAAUUUAUAUGUAUUUACAGCAAAACUUGCUUAUAAGGAACUUACUAAUGAGGAACUCCCCAUAAGAAUGAUUGAUCUGAAAUUUCCCCAAUGGCAGACUUUGCUCCUGACAUUGAUUUCUAAAGCUGACAAGUCUGCAUUACCUUUCUACAUAUAUUAAAAUGACAAUUUUUUUUAACAUACUAUUUUUGACAGAGUACAUGUAAAAUAUAAUAAAUAUACUCCUAAAAUUACUAAGUUAAAAACUUCUUUACAAGGCUAAAGGCACCUCAUCUAAAGGGUUCUCAGAAAAUUCCUUAUUAACAAAGUUUACUGUAUAAUAUAAAAAUUAAAAUUUGCAC